ACAGAGAGACAGAGGAAGAUGUCGGUCAGUGUCACAUGACUGUACCCAGAGAGGCAGAGGAAGAUGUUGGUCAGUGUCACAUGACUGUACAUAGAGAGGCAGAGGAAGAUGUCGGUCAGUGUCAGUGAGAAGCUGCUGCUCUGCCUUCUCUCUCCUGCCCUCCUCACUGUUACAGCUCAAGUUGGCCCAAUCCGGGUGUAUGGGCUAAUAACCCAGUCUGUCAGUCUGGCACCCACCGAGCACUUGGCACAGCCUGUAGAAGAGGUAUUAUGGCAUUAUAUAAGCAAUGGAACAAGACACAGACUGGCAGAUUACAGGAACCAGCGGCUGAGUAUCCGGCACAGUCAGUUCUCCCAGCGACUGGAUGCUGAUAACAGCGGCACAAGGUUAUGGAUCAGGGAACUGAGGAGUGAGGAUACCGGGAGUUACACAGCAUUCAUUGCACUGCAAGGCACAGCACAUACAGUAGAAAUGUCAUUUACUCUCACUGUGUAUGAGCCAGUUCCCACCCCAGAUAUAAUGAUGGAGAAGGUACGGAUUAGCCCUGACUGGUGCAAUUUCACCCUUCAUUGUUCUGCCCCAACAAACCCAUCAGCGCUGUCCUACAGUUGGAUGUACAGACACAAAGGCCGGUACCAGCCCUAUCCCAAUGGUACUACAAUCCGUGUGUCACUGCAGCCUGAAUCCUGGGAUGGGGAGUAUCUGUGCUUGGUACAGAACCCGGCUGAUCAGAAAAAUGCCUCUAUUGCCCCUCGGGAAUUCUGCCCUGAUACCAGGCUUACAAAAGGCAUAUUGGGUAAAACCUGCUGGAUAAAAGUAUUCAUCACUUUGCCGAUUCUCACUGCUCUCUCCUUCUCAGUAGGAGUUACCAUCAUUGUCACAAGAAAUAAAAAUUUCCAAGAUUGAAGAGGUGUUUUUUUACUCCUGCUCAAGCUUAGGGAACAGCAAUGAAAACCUUCCUGAUUUCUUGGUUGUAAAGAUAAUGAUAAUAAAAGUUAUGGCACAGGACUUAGCACUGGUGCUGUAAAUUCCUUGCGGCCCUGGCAGAGUGCUAUACAAAUAAAGGGUCAUUAAAAAGACUGGUGUAUAGUGUCUCACAAAAGGAAUCUAAACAUGUACAGGAUCUAUAUA